AUGUAUGCUGACUCAUCCAGUUUUUGGCUUCAAAUUUCCAGCGACUUGUUUCCCUUGAAAACUUUCCAGUAUUCUUUCAACAAUCCCGUCGUGACGGGUACACGGGUACUACCAAUUGAUACGCACAAGACACCCGGUCUGAAUAAUAUCCGCGACAUACCUGGUUCAUGUGCCAUCCGAAAUGUGCCACACCACACCCGAUCCCAUCGAGUCCGUGAAUCCUCCGCAGGCGCCUUCCACCAAGCUCGUCACCAAGCUUGUCGCCGUGUCAUGAGAAGGUGUUUGUGGCCCGGCGGCCUCCUGCGAACCGGCCGCAGGUCAGUAACGCCAUAUAUACGCCAUUCCGCCUUUUCAUACCCGAAGUUAUCCCACUCCCAAGCGCGGCCAACGAAGACGGAAGAGGGCAUUGCAGCCGAAGAGAACGCGCUUAUAUUAUCAUACAACUCGCUACCACCGCCUCCCCUCUAUGCAUACAAAGGCAGGAGUAUUUAUGCAUGGGCACCUCAUGUAGCGAAAUGUUUAAGAACCGCAAAACAGGGCAAGGCUGCCUUGGAACAACUUGAGCGUCCGACUUCGCUUUUGGACUAUACAAAAGCUCUAGAUGGAGGUCAUGGGUUAAAGGGAAUAUUGCAUAACGCACGGAUGGGCCCGGGUCUUCAAAUUCUCAAUCUUCUGGGAUUUUAUCAGAAGCAAUGGCCAUACGUGUACAAUAUUCUGAGUACACUCAUCGACACAUACGAGCUUCUUAUUCCGCACAUGACUCCUCGACGAAUAGCCCCCAGCCUCUCCUGGUUAGAUACUGGGAUGUCCCUCCAUGAGCUGACGAGCAAGAGUCGAGAUGAUCUCAUCGUCAAACGCGAAGUUAUCCCGACAUGCCCGCCUUCCGAAAACACCUCCCUUUCAAAAAUCACAGGACAGCGCCCGGCUGUGCGUAAUUUCGCCGACACAUUUUUGGCGGAAACAUUAGUUAGCCUUGGGUCAUUAGUAUUGGAAGCUGCAGACCGGCCAGCUGCGGAAGCCGAAGCUGCAAUGCCCUACGUCUAUCGCUCACUUGCUCGUUUGCACCAUUUGGAUUUGAUCUCUGAUAGGGUUUACCAGUCCCCGGAUAGCAAAAUUAAUCAACUGUCGAUGCGUCCGCCUGGGAUGCAUAUGUUAUCAAGUCAUAUUAUGAGCGUUCUUUCUGAUGCGGCAUGGUUAGAACAUGAGUCUGCCCUUGCCUCCGCGGCUACCGAAGCUGGAGAAGAUCCCCCUUUUCUUCCCUUCAAGGUUGGGGUUCGAGAAUUGGGUCCUGAGAUCUGGUUUGAGCUCAUCCUUUGGUGCUGUGUAGAGCAUGGCUUCAAUAAACAAGGUGCCUGGUUGGUGGAUCAAAUGAGCAGGAGAAAGGACCGUCUGUCUUGGAAUGUCGAGAGUUGGGAGCCGUUUUUGGACGCCCUCGAUGUUGUGCGGCAAACAAACAUUAGCACGGAAAAGUCAUGGCGUCGACCGGGCCAAGAAAACCCCAUUGCCACGUUCAAGGGUGCAAAGAAGCCACCUUUUAAUGGACUCGGCCAGAGAACCAUCAGUUCUGAAGUGCUUUCAAGUCUACGAACUGGGCUCGCCAAUGAUGCUUAUAAUGGAAUUGGAUUUCAUGGAUCCUCACCUUCCGAUCUGCUGAAGUUCUCGGCUCCUCUAACCGCUUUGCUUGACCCACCAGGCCCCGAGGACGAACUUCGCCCUACAAACAAAGUGGCUACUGAGAACAUUGUUCGGAUUAUAGAAUCUGGCUGCUUGCUUCCCCGCGAAGAUCCAAGCUCCUUUGAAAAGGUCUUACGAUCAACUCAGUGUCUUGUUCCCCCAUGGGAAAACAGUGCGGUCCCCUCAAUGAAAGAAUUAGAAAAUAUGACAAGAGCACAGCUAUAUGACGAGACAGCAGCCUUAUCAGGUCUAGUGGAAUACAACGUCAAGGGCUACAGCUACAAAGGUCAGGCUAGCACUGCCUUUAUUCAAUACGCGUGGCUUCAAAAUAUCGUCGAUGCUAGCAAGGCCCACCACAUCAAAGCCUUUUUUGAGCAUCUCAGUCAAUCCCCAUCGAUCGAUGUGCCAUUCUUUGAUUCGCAGAGAUUAGACAUGUCUCAAUUAACGCAGUCGUCGCUCCCCCAAGUUUCACCUUCAACUUUGGCCGACCUGCUCGAUCUAGCCACGGCUACUCGUGCAGAUGCUUUUGGUAACUGGCUACUUUUCAACGACGAUGUGGAUGGCCCUUCAAUCCCACCUGCUGCAUAUGGUCGACAAAUUUUAGCCCCAUCAAUUCUUCGUUUUGCUGCAGCCACACAAAACAAAGAAUUGAGCCAAAGUGUGGUCAAAUCCCUCGAAAUGCCACUUGGAGUGAAUGCACUCAAAGCAAUGGCCAACCUCCAUAUUUCUUUUGGUGACUGGGAGCGCUCAAUCCUGGCAUUCAAAUACCUACGUGAUUACAGAUUGAGGUCCUGGGGCUUUAGCAAUAUAAUGGCUCUCGGUGCCAAGAUAGUCAAACUUGAAGAUGCUCUCAAGCGAAGCCGAUCCAGUAAUGCCCCAACAGAAGUCCAAGACCGCUUGAAGCAGAGCCUCUCCUGCGCGACUGACCUUCUCAAUCGUUUCUUCGACGGCGAAUUCAAUACACCUCGGAGCAGGAACGCCCGAGUCACCGAUUUCCAGGAAAGAGUCCUUGAGCGAGUCAGAUCCAUUUUCCUCUCGGUACCUGGACAGCUGGCGGACGUUGCAUCAAGAAAGUCCAUGCGCAAAUUUAAAAGCCGCGACAAGUUGCAAUACAUUCCUGUUGUCUCAUUCCACACUCUCCUCUCCGCAAUUGUUCAAGUUCGCAGUUUCGAAUUCAGCAAAAACUUCCUCUUCAAAUGGUGUCGAGCCCCUGGAACACCGGAGUCCUGGCGCCAGAAAGAAGGAGGCGUCACUCGACUUCAAGCAUUCGCUGAACGUGAUUGGGAACAGAAUGAUCCCUCAUACAAUCCUAAAUGGCACCAACAUACCAUGGAGAAAGCAGUUAUUCCCAACUUGAACACCUACCGCAUUCUUUCCCGAGCCGCACUUGAAGAGUACAGAGUUGAACGGGGCCUAGAACAAAAUGAACAUAAACCCGAACCAGCCGAUGAGAAAACGCCAGAAACCUCUUCAUCCUCGUCACCACCCACUGAAUCCUCCACCCCAUCGAAAUCUCAUAAAGACGGAUACAAACUCGGGGUUCCCAAGCGAAUACUCGAACAUCAAACCCAAAAGGGUGGUCUUCCUCCCUUUUCGCCUGCAGAGGCGAAUCUUGAUUUGUGCGUUCGUCUUUUCCUACGCGCCGGGAUGCCUGAAGAACAAAUCGAAUUCGAGGUCCCUGGCCACUUGAGGCGCCUGCGCUAUCGCGGCGUGCUCACUCCUGUCAAGGCAAAGCGAUACAGAGAUCGCUUUAAAGAGAUCCAAGAUGGACCCUGGAUGGAUGCUCAUAUAAAAGAGAUGCAUUCGAAAAAAUCGGAUUCAUAA